AUGUAUGUCGAAGGCGCUUUCGGUUGCAAAAGGAGAGGGUGGCAAGUGGAUACCGUCAGGACUUUGUUGAGCCGUUUUGAGGAGAAGAAAGAUGUUAACGGAGCUGAGAGUUUGGUGGAGAUUUUAAAGAAGGUGAAGAAUAAGAUAGGCGCAGAGAUCUUUGAAUCGUUGAUUAGAACAUAUGCAGCAGCGGGGAAGAGUCAUCCUGCUAUGCACCGGGGCUUGAAGAUGGAAAACGUUGAGGUUAGUGAAGCACGAAGAAGCUGCUCGGUUAAAUAUGUUCAGAGGAAUGAGGUCUGUGCCUCCAUCUCUUUCUUCUUCAUUAGUCUUGUAGUGGCACUUUCCAUUAUCACAAGCUCUGUUUCUUAUUGGUAA